CUCCUUCACCAGCUUCCCACACGUGGCCGGAACAGAGCAGAACCUUCGCUUGGCCAAGCAGAUCCAGAGCCAGUGGAAGGAUUUUGGCUUGGAUACGGCAGAACUGGUCCAUUAUGACGUCCUCCUUUCUUACCCAAAUCAAAGCUCUCCCAACUAUAUCUCCAUUACCGACGAGAGCGGAAAAGAGAUUUUCAACUCAUCGUUGUUUGAACCCGCUCCUGAAGGUUAUGCAAAUACUUCUGGAGUGCUACCUCCGUAUAAUGCUUUCUCAGCGCAGGGUGAGCCACAGUGGAAAUGUGUUAAAUCUCAACGGGGCAGGAGAUCCUCUCACUCCAGGCUAUCCAGCCACAGGUCAGUGUCCACAAGCCCAAGACUGACCCCCUUUGGGUAGGAGAAAACAUCACUUUUUGAUAUAAUGUUUGCUUUCCAUAUAUACUGUAUUUUUUG